AUGACGUCGUUCGCACAAGCUGUUGCUAAGCAACAGCCUGUUAACUCUCUUACGAAAACAAAGCGAAAGGGAAAUCCCCUGGUUCCGACUGAGGGCGUUAAUCGCAAGCAUGUUGCUUCUGCGUCGGUACUACGUGAGAAUGCGGAUAAUUCACGAACUGUGUUAAAUUAUAGGCCAAGUAAUGAAAUUCGUGUUGAUAUGUUUGAAGAUGAUGAAGGAUUCCGGUUCCAGCGUAACUCGCAGAGUCGACGUAAAAAUAAACGUGGAACUGGAAAAAAUAUUGCUCUUAAGGGUAGAACACCUCCUCCGUGUAAAUUCUACUUGGGUAACAUGUCUCCUGAUACUAGCACUGAGGAUGUUAAAAAUCAUCUAAAAGUAUCCAAGGACAUUGUAGCUGAUGUAUCAUCUUUGCCCUGUGUUGAUUCAGAUAACUUUACAUUCUUGAGUGAAUCGCAUGGAACCACAAGUUGGUUAGAUCACAUCAUCUGUACUCAUGGAGCUAAUGCAUGUGUGACUAAUGUUGAUAUAGCAUUAAAUCAUCUUAGUUACGCCGACGAUCUUGUUUUGCUUGCUCCUUUGGUUGCAGGACUCCACCAAUUGGUUCACGUCUGUGAAAAUUUUGCUAUUGUUGCCCAAUCCAAUCCUUGUAGCGCUAUCCCAUGCAACAAUGGGUUUUGUACCCAGGUAAAUGAUACCGAAUACACUUGCGAUUGCCGUGGGACAGGAUUUGUUGGAACAAACUGUGAAAUUGAUGAUAUGUGUUUUCCCAGUCCGUGCAACAAUAAUGGAGUUUGUAAUAUCACUUCAUCUGAUUACUCCACGUUUGAAUGUCUCUGCGCUGGAACCGGGUAUGUUGGAGACACCUGUCAGAUGGAUGAUCCGUGUUCACCAAGUCCUUGCCUUAACAAUGGCGUCUGCCAAUUGAAUGAAACAGACUUUACUUAUGUAUGUAACUGUGCUGGAACUGGAUAUGUUGGAGAUACAUGUGAGACCGAUGAUCCGUGUUCACCAAGUCCUUGUGCAAACAAUGGCGUUUGCCAGAUGAAUGGAGCAGACAGCUAUGUAUGCAACUGCGCUGGAACUGGAUAUGUUGGAGAUAUCUGUGACAUGAAUGAUCCAUGCAGUCCUAAUCCGUGUAACGGAGGUAUUUGUACUAGUCCUGACAACGUGACAGCAACUUGUGACUGUUCCGGGACAGGAAUGCAAGGAGACUUGUGUCAAUCAAGUAAGUGA